AUGUCGACCUCAGCCCCUAACCACAACGCGCACGUUAUCUCCCACCUAGAGCUCCUCAUCAGCCUCCACAAGCAGGUCCUCGACCACGUCCGCGACCGUCUGGAUAUGCUUCUUGAGCUACUAACCAGAGACUCUUUUACCGACGUGCGGGCACAAGCAGAAAAUGAGCUCACGAUGCAGCAUAGUGAACUGGUGCGUAUGCGACUGCAUGAGUUUCGUAAUAGCGAUGGCGAGAUUUUAGAACUUAGGGAGCACUUGGAAGAGGCCCAUCUGGAUUGUAGGUAUUUGGCGGAUUUUUAUGAGGAUCUGAAGAGGUAUGUUGAGAGGUGUGAGGAGGCGCUGGUUUUGGAGAGGUGCGGGAUGUGGGGGUCGUGGUAG